AAACUUAUUGUUGAUAUCCGGACGUACAUACGUAGUGAUACGCGAACUGACCUAUACCGUACGGGGGUUGAGCCGGAAGGUGAUCAGCGCCUGUGACGAAAUGUAGAACCGUGGAAAUACUUCCCAUCAGGAAACUGAACUGGCGCGGGAAUCCUGAAAGUUAUGCGAUGAAUUCGUGUGAGAAUCUGACGUGGUUCGGACUCUGCGGUCGCGACUUUUCGAUGAUGAUGAAACACGUGCAGCUGUCUCCCUACAGGAGCAGAGCUGAUACCGUGUCACUCAGCUCGACGACUUCCUACGGAAGUCUCAGUCCUGAACCCUUGUGCAGUAGAUCGUCGAGUUACUCAUCGUUAAACGAAUCGUCACUGCAGACGACGAUCAAAGUUUACGCCAAAUGUCUGAGGCCGGACAUCGAAUACAAAACUCUCUGCAUAACGUUCCAAACGACGUGCAAAGAGAUCGUCGCCAUUUUGCUCGGCAAAUACAAAAUGAAACAUAGAGACCCGAAGCUGUUUUACUUGAGCAUGGAAGUGACGGUCAGAAAGGCGGGAAUCAAAACUUACUUAGCGUUGGACGACAAAGCCAGACCGGCAGUACUUCAAAGCUGCCAUCCUAAAGGAGACUCUAAGUUUUCUCUUCAAACCCGCCGAGGAGGACUGGUCAAAGUCCACGAUUCAGUAUUAAACAGCAAUUCCCAGUACAAAUCUCUGUUGCUGAGCGCGCGUACCAGCGUGGACGAACUCAUCGCCCUCCUGCUUAACUGCUACAACAACAAAGAACCCGUCGAACAGUUCUCUUUGUACGAGGUUAAUCCCGCGAAAGAACAGCAACGCAAGUUGCAUCCCGACGAUCUACCGCUUCAAGUCCAACACUCGUGGUUACCCACCCACAACUGUCACUUUUUGUUGCGAAGAAAUCCCAACUAUUUUCCGCUGUCGAGGAGAAAAGUUUUCUGGGUUUCGGAAAUGCCUCCCCUUCCAGCUUCGGCCCUCUUCAAGACCUCGUCUAAAAUGAACCUCAGAAAUCAAUCAUCAAAGUCGUGUGGAGCGUUCUUCCCAUUAUCGAAUGACGAAGAAACGUCAAAAGCGUCGAAAUCGAAUGCCUGCGAAGAGACAGAGAGAAAAACUAUCAAGCCCGACCCUGAAGUUUACACCAGCACAAAGCAGGUGUCUCUAAGUAAAAACGGACAGUUAUCCUACGCAGACUACGAAAAUUAUUUCUAUAUUUAGGGCGUCCAUGUUUCGUCCCAUCUAUACAUGUAAAUAGGUUUUGUAAAAUUUUAUACAUAGUGUUCGAAUGUGAUAUUUAAUGUACUAUUCACAUCUAAGCCAAAGACGAUUCGUGUAAAAUAACGGCGGAAUUAAAUUUAACUCGUUCUAAAAUUGAAGUCCUUUCGGGACGAAACGUGUUUAAUUAUUGCUAAUACGACCGCAAGUGCAAUUUAUAUGAAUAACUGUAAUGCGUUUUCACCAAAGAUUGUGUAGCUAUAGUAGUGUAGGAGUCGAUGUUGUGUAUAUCUUAAAGUAUAUAAGUUCUUUAAACACGUGGGAUAAUUUAAUACUAACAGGUCAAUAGAAUUUUUAGUAAAGCAUUGUACCUACACAAAGUCAUUAUGUUUUGAAAUACAUUAUGUAAAAUG